AUGCUUGGCAAACUCCCCUCAGUCGCAGCAUUGCUGGCGCUUAGCCUGACUGCUCAGGCGAGCCUAAUCUUCAAAAACUCCGGCACAACCUCAGGCUGGAACAAAAUAAAUCAAGAACACAAGGGCACUGUGAAGCAAGUGACAGAUGAGGUGUACGAGGGCAAAACAGCGCUCAAAAUGACUCAAAUCUACGACAAAAGCUACUCCGGCCGGUACCACUCGGAAGUGGUGAAGAACGAUAUUUACAAGCGCGGCGACACGGGCGCAUACGGGUUCUCCUUCCGACUGCAAGACGACUGGCAAUUCUCCCCCGUGCAAUCCUACAGCAUCGCGCAAUUCAUCGGUGAUUUCACAGACAGCGGCUGCGACGACUGGAUGCCGACGACCAUGGUCGCGCUCAAGGGCAACAAACUCUACACGCGUGUCAAGCAGGGUUCAGUCUGCAAGCAGAAUGUUAAGGGUUUCAAUAACCUAGCCACUGUCACUGCGGGUGAAUGGCACAGAGUUGAGAUUGAGGCGAAGUGGGAGUCGGAUGAGACGGGGUAUUUCAGAGUUUGGUAUGAUGGGGAGAAGGUUUUGGAUGAGAAGGAUCUCAUUACUACCAUUGACGGUGAUGCGGCUUUCCAGUUCCGGGCUGGUCUUUAUGCGAAUGGUUGGCAUGAUGAUAAGGAGAUGAAAGGAACUCAGGGAACUAGGAGUGUUUGGUAUGAUGAGAUUGCUGCUGGGACUAAACUUGCUGAUAUUGAGGCUGAGGCCAAGAUUGAUGCCGGAGACUGUUGA